GUUUCGGUGUGCGUUCGACAUGUUAAAUUAAAGAGGACAAAAAAAAAGAUUUAACACACACGAAAAACGAUUGACGACAACUCGUCUCUUGCCUUUUCAAUCCGUUUAUUUGUGUAAUUGAUCGCCCGAACAAUGGCACGCAAAAAAUCUCACUAACUACAUCAUCAAUUUUGUUGUUUCAUUCAAUUAAAAAAAAAAAGACGAAAUGAACGAAGAAAAAGAAUACAAGGACUUUUUGAUUAGUGUGCAAUCGAAAUAGUUUGAUGUUAACUCAAAAAAAUCAAGUGAAAACUUUAAACAAUAUUUUGCGAUCUUUCGACUCGCUAAAAUGAACUUUUGUGAACAACAAGAAUAUGUUGUAAAAAUGAAGUGAAUCAGUUUUAUUAAGAUGUAACCGCAGCAAGGGAAUUCAUUUUUGGUGUAAAUUUGAGAUAUUUUUGUUUAGUCUCAUUUCAAACAUAACAUAUUUGAUCCGAAAAUUGAAUUAUGUGGAACAGUGAAAUAAAUGAAUUGAUGUUUUGCCACUAAAAUCAAGCAUUUACCCGUUUAUGUUAUGCUGAAAAUACAAUAACAUAAAAUCGAUCGAUUGUAUUUAACUGUCGCUGGAGUAUGUGUUUUUGAUGUAAUAAGUGUAACGGUGUUUAGUUGUUACUCGAAAUGAUACAUAUCAGUUUUACAAAAUCAUCAACAAUUGUAAUGAUAUUUUGAGAGUGAAAAUUGAUUUUAAUGCAAUUUUCCCACCAUUGGGAAAUUCCAUCGUUUGGGGCAUAAAAUGCAUGUGUUCGAAUCGUUAUCACAGUGAACGAAGAAAAUCGAUAAUAUAGAAAAAUAUUCGAAGAAAAAUACAUUGAAAAGAUUCUUGUGGCAAGAACAUAAACAAUCAUUAUUUAUUGUUUAUCGUACAAUAAUAAAGAAACUACGUAGAACUACCAAUUUUGGGUUUAUAAUUGACCAUUCAUUCGCAGAUUAUUCGGAUAUUAUUUGAUUACAUCGGCUUAGAAGAUUUUCAUCGAAAAUGUACAAAACCGGGGAAAUUGAUACAGUGUUAUCACAUCGUCUCACCAAAGCCAACAGUUCCGAAUCGAAAUCGUCACAUAUCCAUCAACAUCAAGAAAAUGUCUCUGGAAUUUUGUCAACCGAUACCGAACCCACUACAUCCAAACCAAAUCAGGUUAGCACGGUGAUGUUGUAUGGAGUGCCGAUCGUAUCGCUGUAUAUAGAAGCACAGGAGCGAUUGUGUUUGGCCCAAAUAUCCAAUACACUAUUGAAGCAAUUUAGUUACAAUGAAAUCCACAAUCGUCGUGUGGCUCUCGGCAUAACGUGUGUUCAAUGUACGCCCGUACAAUUAGAAAUUCUUCGUCGUGCCGGUGCAAUGCCAGUGAGUUCACGUCGCUGUGGAAUGAUAACACGUCGCGAAGCGGAGCGUUUGUGUAAAUCAUUUUUGGGCGACAAUGCACCACCCCGUUUGCCCGAUGAUUUUUCGUUCAGUGUAUAUCAUGAGUGUGCUUGGGGUUGUCGUGGCCAAUUUUUACCAUCACGCUAUAAUUCCUCACGCGCCAAAUGCAUUAAAUGCACCUAUUGUGGUUUGUUCUUUUCGCCAAACAAAUUUAUAUUCCAUUCGCAUCGCGUUGGACCCGGCGAUAAAUACAUACAACCCGAUGCGGCCAACUUUAAUUCAUGGCGUAGGCACAUGAAAUUGAGCGGCAUUUCACCCGACGAAAUUGUGUUCGCAUGGGAAGAUGUGAAGGCUAUGUUUAAUGGUGGCACACGUAAACGACUCAUCACAUCGGUGUCAUCGCAUUCAUCCAGCCGGAACUCAGCCGGCACUACUGCUGCAUCAUCAGACCACAUUCGCUCUUCCACCGCAACAACGAGUCAACGAAAUGGUUUAAUGAACACCAGCCAUUCCAAUGUCCAUUCGGAACCAGAACAAUCACCAAAACGUAUGAAAGAGUCAAACACUGCAGAAAAUCAAACACAACCCUUGAGUCCACAACCUUUGAUGAGUGCGGUUGCUGCGGCGGUGGCGGCUGCCGCAAAUGCCGGUCAUCAGUAUCCAAUUCGGCCGAUCAAUGUUCACUCGUCGAAACUUGCAAAUGCAAAUUGCUCGCGACUAAUGAAUGCCACAUCGGUGUGCUCGAAUCCGGUGCCGAGGAGCGCAAACUCAAUCCCCACUGACAUUGCUCCAUCGAUUCAACUAUCACGCAAUUUCGUCAUGGAUUACAUGUGGCAACAACAACAGCAACAUCAUUCAGCCUAUGGAUUGCCAUGGUUGAAGCAGCCAGCGCACAUUUUUUUCAACCAUCAAACAUUCCAUCACGCUCAUCAGCACAAUGGCUUAAGCACACUUCCCUCCGCUCAAGUUGAUGGUGACAAUGACAAAAGCACGUUGAACCGACGAAACAGCAACGAUCGAAUUGUCUCGCCAACGGUUAAACCAUACUCGCCGAACUCAGCCGCUAUGCCAUACUAUAAAAAUUCCGCGUUUAAGCCCGUUCUCGGCACACAUCGCACUCAACUGUUCAAUGAAAACGUGUUUAAUCCAUCUAUUUUGGCCACAUCAGUGAGUCCCGUGCAGAACAGCCGCAUCGAAGAGCCAACUGACUCAAAUUAUAAUCAUGACAAUGAAUUGAAAAACCGAAGUAAGCGCUUCAAUCAUCGUCGUUUGGAGGGCAGUAAUUCGACGUCGGAUGCGAAUCGUGACACGCUAACAAGCGCACCAAUUGAAAAUGUGUCAAGUGAUGAAGAGAUGGUGGAUAUCGAAACGACUGAAGAGCAUAGCCUUGCGGCUCAUCCGACUCAACGGUGUAUCAGCAAUCACAGCAAUAAUAGCAUACGAAACGAGAGUUGCGAGCAAGCAAUUGAGAAUAGUUCGUCGAUACAUGCGGCCGAUGCUGAUGUCCUGAAGAAAUUCAACAGUGGCCACUGUGGCAAUAAUAACAAUAAUUUCCUAAAUAAUAAUAACAACACCAUACACAAGAGCCAUAAAAGCGACAACAAUAACAUUGAGCACAAAAGUGGACAACAACAGUGCAGUGAGUUAAAACCGGCGAAUAUGUGCAGUGUACAAAAUAGAAGUGAUAUAAUGGCCGUGAUACGGCAAGAGAUCGAUGUGGAAGGUGAUGAUUUAAAUGAGACCGAUACACGUUCCAGCAAAAGCAAUUUCAGUAACAUUGAUGUGGAAAUUGAGAAGGACGAACGUAAGCCCAACUUGAAGAAUUUCACGGGCAUGAUGUCAUCAUCGGCAAAUGAUUCAAACAGCUGGAUUAGCAGCAGCAGCCCAGAUAAAUUGACCGGUGAACCGAAUUUGAUUUACACGAAUUGCGAUGACGACACCGCAAUAGCACAUCCAUCGAACAAUACCAUGGCGGCGAAUCUCAAGAAAGAGUUAAAACCGUCUUAUCCAUUUGAUCACACCGAAGAGGAUCUGCCCAAGUCCGUUAAAGCGGGCACCGCGUUGGAUUUAUCCAAAAUAGACGAUGCCCAUGAAUCGAAUGAUUUGAACUUUAGUCUGACGGCAGGUGGUUCAUACGAAAAAUCGGAUUUGAAGUGGCGUUCAUCUCCAAAAACAUCAUCGCCACCACCAACGAUGGAUUCAAAGUACCGGAAGUCGCCAACAUCGCUUGCAAGCCCAGCAACAACAUCACCGUCAUUCACUGCUGCAUCAACUGCUAAUAUUUUGUUAAGCAAUCGCAUGAAUCAAUUUUAUCCAAGGCCUAGUCUGGGGUUUCACACUCCCGCUCAACACCACUCGAUCAGCAAACACUUUCAUCACAUGCUGAAUCAACACACCAGCUUUUUGCAAAACAGUUCACUUGCCUUUGAUCGUACAUCGAUUUCGGGCUCACUGAAUCUCACAACCGGCUACAAUCAUUCGCAUCAAGAUGCCAUUACAUCAGCGGCGGCAGCCCAACAACAUCAUUUGCACCAGUCUUAAAUGACAUAUUGGAUUUUCGAAUUCCGCACAUGAAAAAAUCUUCUUAUUCCUUCCUUAGUUUUCCCGUUGAUCGGUUAAAAACUAAUAUGGUUAAUGACAUAUUGACAACUACUUUGUGGAAUUCAAAAAUUUGUUAAAACAAUUUUAUUUCUUCCGAAAUUUUAUGUACAAUUUUCGCAAUCCAACCGACCUUGUUCGUCGAUCGAUUUAAUCUUAACGAAGAAAGUAUCUUCAUAAAUUAAACAAUUAUAUAUAUAUUAUAAAUAAACAGGUAGGAAAUCAGAGAAAAGCUUGCAUAAAUUGAUGUUCGUCGAAUGGAGUCGGUUUAGUAUUUUGAUCUCAAAAUAAUUUAAAAUCAGUUUAGAAAUGAGAUUAAUUUUUAUUUUACACAUUCGAAUUGAGAUUUUCAUUUAAAUAUUAAAUCAUUGGCCAUAUUGACUAGGAUUUAAUGUCUGUAAUUUUCUUUCCUAAGCAACAGCUCUGAAUGAAAGACAAAAGAUUUUGGAGAGAAAGACAAUGUGGUUCAGAAUUUAUCAUUUGCUUAAGAAUGCCAUUUCAAUCUUUUGCACAUGAAUUACGAAUCAUUUUGGCGAGUUUUGAUUUGAAGGAAAAAAAUAACGUCGAUGAAAUCGAUGUGUUCGAUGAAAUUCCUCAAUUAAUCUUAAAACUUUCUCUUUGCAUAUAUCCACUUAAACAGAACAUUAGAUAUGUAAUAAUUUGGUUAACAAAUGCUGUAUUUAGAUGAUAGGUUCAUUUGGACAUAAGCAUUAUCAAGGCAAAAGAAGAAUGGUAUUCAAAACGAAAGGAAAAAAAAUUUCCGUGAAGAGAUUUACAACAUUGUCAUUUGAGCGAAUCAUUUGAAAAAUCACAUUUUUGGCAUUUAACAUAGUUGUAAGUUAUUAGCAUUCUGAAGGCGUUCAACCAUUGUUCGAUAGAAAUCGCGCAUUACGGGCGCACAAAAGCGAAUAUGAAGUGCAGAGGAGCAAAAUGUGCUCAGUGUAGGAGCAUUUCAAACAUUUUGUGAGCAAUGACGGGUAAUAUUACCGAACAGCUAAACUAUUGCAGCUGCUUUGAAUCGUUAGCGAUCUCAAAAGAAUAAGCCAAAGAUAUUAAAAAUGCAUGAUUUUAAUGGUUAAAAUGUACUUGGACAAUGGUCUCAAUGUGUAAAGAAUUUUAAACGAUCAUUUAAUUUUAAAGCCAUGCAUUUUACACACAAGAUUACGUACACACAUUUUCUGUUCCACUCAAGACCCAGGUUUUGCGAGUGAUAAUUUGGUCUAUGCACCACCAUCUCAUUUAAGAAUAUAAUAUAAACUAAUAACGCACACGGAAAGGAAAAUUGUCGAUUCGAACUAGAAAUUGUAUCUUUCAUCUAUGGAAUAAGGAGAAUAUUUGAAUCUGUACACUUGAUCACGCCUGAAUUUGUGGAAGAAAAUGGCAUUUACGGUGGAGGAAACGUUUAAAUUUAGGCAUAUUUUUUCCGUGUGCAUGGAUUUCACAAAAACAUCAA